GCGUCAGCCAAUGAGCCACGAGUGUAUGUGCAUACAUCCCCACACACAUCUGCGUGUGCACAGAAAAGGAUCUGUAAGAGUGCCCACACACUGGUGGUGGUGAUUUCCCCUCAAGAAUGGAGGAGAUCAUGCAUGAUGUGAUAAAGAAGGUAAAGAAGAAGGGAGAGUGGAAGGUGCUGGUGGUCGAUCAGCUGAGCAUGAGGAUGCUCUCCUCCUGCUGUAAGAUGACGGACAUCAUGACCGAGGGGAUAACAAUUGUGGAAGACAUCAACAAGCGCAGGGAACCUCUCCCCAGCCUGGAGGCUGUGUAUCUCAUCACUCCGUCUGAGAAGUCUGUCCACUCUCUCAUCAGUGACUUUAAAGACCCACCGACUGCUAAGUACCGGGCUGCCCACGUCUUCUUCACCGACUCUUGUCCAGAUGCCCUGUUUAAUGAGCUGGUGAAAUCACGAGCAGCCAAAGUCAUCAAAACUCUGACGGAAAUCAACAUUGCGUUUCUCCCAUAUGAAUCCCAGGUAUAUUCCUUAGACUCGGCUGACUCUUUCCAAAGCUUCUACAGUCCCCACAAGGCUCAGAUGAAGAAUCCGAUACUGGAGCGCCUGGCAGAGCAGAUCGCAACCCUGUGUGCCACUCUGAAGGAGUACCCAGCUGUGCGGUAUCGGGGGGAAUACAAGGACAAUGCUUUGCUGGCUCAGCUAAUCCAGGACAAGCUCGACGCCUACAAAGCCGAUGACCCAACAAUGGGGGAGGGCCCAGACAAGGCGCGCUCCCAGCUGCUGAUCCUGGACCGUGGUUUCGACCCCAGUUCCCCUGUACUCCACGAGCUGACCUUUCAGGCUAUGAGUUACGAUCUGCUGCCCAUUGAGAAUGAUGUUUACAAGUAUGAGACGAGUGGCAUCGGAGAGGCACGGGUGAAGGAGGUGCUCCUGGACGAGGACGACGACCUCUGGAUAGCCCUGCGCCACAAGCACAUCGCAGAGGUGUCCCAGGAAGUCACCCGUUCUCUGAAAGAUUUUUCUUCUAGCAAGAGAAUGAAUACUGGAGAGAAGACCACCAUGCGCGACCUGUCCCAGAUGCUGAAGAAAAUGCCCCAGUACCAGAAGGAGCUCAGCAAGUACUCCACCCACCUGCACCUUGCCGAGGACUGCAUGAAGCAUUACCAAGGCACCGUGGAUAAACUCUGCCGGGUGGAGCAGGACCUGGCCAUGGGCACAGACGCUGAGGGGGAGAAGAUCAAAGACCCCAUGAGAGCCAUCGUCCCCAUUCUGCUGGAUGCGAACGUCAGCACUUACGACAAGAUCCGCAUCAUCCUUCUCUACAUCUUUCUGAAGAAUGGAAUCACUGAGGAAAACCUGAACAAACUGAUCCAGCACGCCCAGAUCCCCCCGGAGGACAGCGAGAUCAUCACCAACAUGGCGCACCUCGGGGUGCCCAUUGUCACAGACUCCACGUUGCGUCGCAGGAGCAAACCAGAGCGGAAGGAGCGCAUCAGUGAGCAGACCUACCAGCUCUCACGAUGGACCCCGAUCAUUAAAGACAUCAUGGAGGACACUAUUGAGGACAAACUCGAUACCAAACACUACCCUUACAUCUCCACCCGCUCCUCUGCGUCCUUCAGCACCACCGCCGUCAGCGCCCGCUACGGGCACUGGCAUAAGAACAAGGCCCCGGGGGAGUACCGCAGUGGUCCCCGCCUCAUUAUUUUCAUCCUCGGGGGCGUGAGCCUGAAUGAGAUGCGUUGUGCUUACGAGGUGACCCAAGCCAGCGGAAAGUGGGAAGUGCUCAUAGGUUCUACUCACAUUCUCACUCCCACCAAAUUUCUCAUGGACCUGAGACACCCCGACUUCAGGGAGUCCUCUAGGGUAUCUUUUGAGGAUCAGGCUCCAACAAUGGAGUGAGAGCCAGAGAAACAAAGUAAAAGCAGCUUAUUACAGAAAAGAAACUCUUCCACUCUGAAGGGUUUUCUUUGAUUAUUCCGUCACUCUUUUUUGUUAUUUUUCCCUUUUCAGUUUAUUAUUUCUUUGAUUUUCUUUCAAUUAGAAAAUGCUUGCAGUUCUUAACACCGAUUGAAAAUGUGUCCGAAGCCACCCUCACACUCCCAGCCACGAGGACCCCUGGGCUCCAGCUCGCCGGCUCACUCGGCCAGCUGCAGCCCACUGGGUUCCAAACCGAAAGUGAGAACAACGGCCGUGAAGAGGCCUCCAGAGGAAGCUGCCAGCUGAGGGGCGCCGGCCGCCUGGUGCCCACGCCUGCUGGCCCAGGGGUGGGUUUGUGGGCACCAGGCAGAGAACGCAGAGCGUCCUGGUGUGAUGUGAUGUGGGGACUUGAGAGUGAGGCCAGCAGGAGUUCAAGGGACUGUCGUGUCCAAGAAGGCAGAACUCCAGUGGAGAUAGCCAUGGGGACCUGAUCACAAGGAAGGCUCGGCAGAGAGUGUCAGAAUAACCUCCAGGGCAGGGGAGGGAGAUGUGUAAAUACCUCUUUCCCAGGACGGGUGCUUAGCCCAGAACGAUUUCUAAGGGGUGAUGGGGCCAUGAGCCACUAAGUACUUGGUGAGCUCCAGCCAUCAGUGCAAAGAGCUUAUGUCUCACGUUCCUGUGGGCAAAACAGCACCGAAUAGUCAUUUGCUCUUUUAGUAGGUGCUUUUAUCUUAAUUCUCCUGUGGAUCCUUUCAAGAGUUGAGUAAUCACAGUCCUACACCUGUUGAGGUCUUGGUAAGAUCUGAGAGCCUUGGGCUAGAAACCGGCCUUAACACCAGUGUGUUGUUUUAAAGAGCAUCUUCUCUCCCUCACGUGCCUUUAUCUCAGUUUCCCAGGAACUCGUGGUCUGUUUGGUGGAUGAUCCAGAUUUUAUUCUUGUCCUCGUCCUUCCUCUCUCUUUCCAUCCUUCUUAUGUGCUCGGAAUCUCCUAUAAUGUGUCUAAAUGGCGACUGAUACUGAAGGACGCCACUGAGCUAUGUUAGGCAUUCUGUGAUGAGGCCACGUUUUGUGUCCCUCACUUCAUGUGCUCCACUGACUAUGGCCCUGAAAAUGCCCCCUUGCCCUGGGCUAGACGUGGCCGGUGAGUCAUGGAGCAUGAGCCACCUGUGAGUAGUGGAAAGACCACGAGCACCUGUGACUGCGGGUCACUCCCCCUUACUGAGCCACAGUCUGUGGAACACAGGAGGCUGGAUCGCAGGGCCCCAAGGCUCCUCCGAGCUCUGACCUGCUGUCACUCAGUAAUUCAGAUCGGUGACUCAGACCUGCGGUCCUGCCCCCUCUCGUGCACUCUGCUGAACCUCGGGGGAGCGUUCUCUCAGGGCUGGGCUAGGGAUACAUCAGAGCAUGCGUGUUUGUAUAAAGAGAAUGCGCUCCAUCCAAGGAGGACUCUCUCUAAAGGUCCACAGGAGGCCACCCGUUUAUCUCCUCCCCUUUCCCUCCCUUGGCCAAGAGAUGGCUGCCCCCACCCCGGGCAGUGGUGAGGUGAGAAAGAGCCCAGGCUGCCUUCCCCUAGAAAGCAAGGCCAGUGGGUGGUGAGUAGGAGCCAUUGUUGAAAAACAGUCGUUGUUUAGAGCACCUCAGUAGCUUGGAAUCAGACAGCUGGUCCUGUGUGCAGAAGGCAGGUAGGUGGAUGGCAUUCACUGCAAGAUGUGUUUUAAGGCUUCUAGAAGGACAGGUGUUCAGUCGAGGCAGCAGCAAUGGCAGAACACUUGCAGGACUGGAAGACUGACAAACCCGGACCCCAAGGGCUCCUGCUAGGGUUCGCCAGGGAUUCGCUGCUUCGGAAGCAGCCUCCCCGUUGCAGACUGUCAUCCUUAGUUUUACGUCCCAUCAGCAGAGCAGCUCUCGGCUGCCGUGGGAGCAGAGAGAGCGCGAGUGGACUCUGGUUGUAUUCUCGGCUUCUGGAAUGCUUUGUUGGGCAGUGCUGGGUUUUAGAGAGCUCGGUUAAGAAAGAGCGAGGCACAGAGCCCUGAUACCACGGAGGCCGGAAGGCAGGUCACAGUCUGACCUGCCCCAUUCUGUUGUGACUGUUCAGGUGACCAAAGACUGGGCCAGUACAGGACAUUAGAGAGCCAGGGUUGUCCCCAAUGCCGGUACUUGCGGGAACUUAGCUUUUAAGAGUUUUGCGCUCAGUGCUGAAUGAGGGUGUCCCCAGCAGGCUGGUGCGUGGGCACCAGUGCCUCGCUCUGUCCUGCUGGCCCCUCUCUCUCCUGGAGCUGAGGCCAGCUCCCAGGGUCUGGGUUAAAGGGAGCGGGCGUGGAUCGCUGAUGUGCACAGAUACCACCAAGGCUCAUCUUAACCCCCACCAAUCCAUCAUCCCCCAUGUCUGAGACGUGAAGUCUUUUGAUCAGAUCUUCACCUCUACACUGGGUGGUUUAUGUUAAAGUGCUUGUCCCUUGGGAAUGUCGGAGGCUGUGAGAAGCUGAGGAAAGAGGGCCAGCCGGCCGGAUUAGACUCUUACACAGCACUUACACUUGGGAGAAAGCUUUUGUUUCUUUAUGUUGAAUGUUUGCUUUAUUCCAGCUUGGGGUCAUACAACUUUCAUUUUUCAGGGCCACUCAGAUUUGAAUCCUAAUUCAGAGCCGAGCCCUGGCCCAGCUGCUCUUUAAGCAUUCCCCUGCAUUUCCACUCUGGGGCCUGAGGCCACAGGGUGCCUGGAAUUGAAACCAGUGGCAUGGCCUCUGGGCCUGGCUGUGUCCCCAACCCACCGUGAGCAAGCACGCCACCGCUCUGGGCUUCCUUCCCCUGUCUGUGGUGCAGGGUGGGCCGGAGCACGUUCUCCAAACCUGGCGGACCACCACGCCCACCGGGGUUGCUCUCAGACGUGCAUGUUCCCUGGCGCCACCCUGGAUGUCCUGAGUCAGGAGGGCUGUUUCAGCCAAACCCAGGAAUGACUGGACCAGCUGGUCUGUAAGGACGCUCCUGAUUUUCAGAUUCUCUCAGUGAGGAAAGCAGGAUUGUGUCCCGGCGGAGCUCGCUGUGUCUGGCCCACAGCCUUGACAGACUUCUGGAUGACGUGGUUUUUGGGGACCACUGUUCAUCUUUCACAAUCUUCCAGUUCUGUAGAAUAAGAGGGACCCUCAGAGCCAUAGGACCUCCUUCCUGUUCUGGAAGGUCCAUACAGUCAGCCACCUAUGGGUUCAAAAUGAGAAUGUUUGCAAAACGCGGAUUACAAACUCACCCAGCCCAAUUUGCAGUGUUUGUGGUGGUGAAAAGCUUGACCAGGUGUUAAAACAUGCAGAUGAUUGGGUGGCAAGAAGAGGCUCUGGGGGGGCAGAGGGGGGGUGGUUUGCAAUAACUCCAGCUGGUCUGGGUCCUUUAAAGAGACCAGGCAAGUUAGGGCCCAGGACUGUGCCUGUCAGGGAGAGCCCCGGAGGCCUCUCUGGUUGUCCCACACUCUUGGUCCUGGAAGUUUUGUUCUUUCAGCUGAAGACUGGGAGCACCAGAUGGUCAAUAAUAAGAUAAUAUUGGAAAGUUCUAGAGCGUGGAUUCCUUAACCUCUUUUUGGUCUCCCCCAAAUCCUGAAUGUAAGCAAGGAUAGGGAGCACUUUGGGGUGGGCAUCUGAUCAGAGGCCCCUUUUGACUUUUCCUCUAGUUCAAGCCGGCCUUCUUUUUUCCUGGAACUCAGUGGAUGGGGGAGGGGGAGACUGUUAGCAAAAGUUUCUCUAGCACGUGCCCUGUUCUCACCUUUACCUGGAAGUGGCAGUCCCCGCACGGAGGACCCACAGCUGCCUGUCAGGGUGUAGACACACGGGCUGCGCCGAGUUGAGAUUUGGAAGGCCCUCAUUUUGGCAAUGGUUCACUGUUCAGAGUUUGAUAACCUUUAUUCCUGUCUCCUCAUUUGUGGAGCAGCCUUUGACCUCUCUUAGGACUAACGGAAGAUUGGUAAGGUCACGGAAAUGAGUGUACUUUGGAGGAAAAGGUCACCAUAGCAACGCCCAGGGACAUAGUGCUGAAACCUGUCACAUUUGCUGAAGGGGCCUCAGGUCUGCAGAAUAACGAGUCAGCUUCAGAGCGCAGGGCUGGGCAGGUUGCCCGCAUAGGACAUCACCCUCGGCGCCUCCAGGAAGGAGCCAGGCUUCCUCAGCAGAGCAGUGACCUGGUGGCUGGGGCUUGAACUGCAGAGCACCGGCUGUUGGAAGAAGCCCCUCAAAGUAGAGAGGGCUGUACGAGUUUCCUGCUGGUCUGGACUGGCUAGGAAGCUUCAAAGCCUGCAGUUCGAGCAGUCACGGGUCAGCUGAGCAAGUAGCCGUCAAAGGCCUAGGGACCCCGGUAUUUGGAAUCACUCCCCACAAGCUGGCCAAAUCCUCCUUUGCCUGCCCUCUGGGUGGGACUCUAGCAUCCUGCGGUUUCUGCUCCCCUCCUCCCAGGAAGGCCCGUCCCUUGCCCGCAUCUCCCGGGAGGCACAUUUUCAAGUUCGGAUCUCUUUUGUUCAGUUUCUCCCACCAGGAUCUCUUUCUUUGAAGCCCACUGCUGCAUGCGUGCAGGCCUCAUGCUCACACGCCAGUCACUUCUGUUCUGUUUGAGUAAGUCCAUGUCCAAACCACACGAUCCAUGCAUCUUUUUUUACUGCACUUAUUAGAUCUCUCUCCGUAUGAAAAAGGACUUCAUUUACUUUUAUUUUUUAUUUUUUUAUUUUUGCAGUAGAAGUAUUUCUAAUUCCAUUAGCUUAAAGUUUUGCAAGCAUUUCCAAUCUCUUACAAUGCGCGGUCUUUGCAAGGUAAGGCCUCAGGUACCCGGCCCUUUCCCUUUCACACCUGAGGUCCCACCCACCACGGCAGGACCAACCAGCUGGCUACCGAGGUCAGUGGCUCCCCCAGUGUGCUCUGCCCAUCAACUUCCUCCCUACCAGGCACCAUCCUUUCCACACACAGUCCCCUCCCCACCCCCCGUCCCAUCCCCAGCCUUUUCCCCUGCCAUACGGUUUGGCAUUUCUCUCCCUGGCUUCACCUUGAGUUCAAGAGAGACUUAGAAAUGCAGCUGCCCUGUCCCCUGGCCGAUUGCACUGAGCCCCCAUGGAGAGGCGGGCUCCUUCUUUGGUACAGCCUGGGACCCUGCCUGAGCCAGAGGGGUGUUUAUCCACAGUCCCCAAAUGUCUCCCAGGCCUAUUGUGACAUGGCCUCAAACCCCAACCCUCCCUGCUUCCACUAGACUAAGACCAGGGUGGGGGCGGGGGAACGGAUGAGGAUCUGGGAAUCCAGGAAAGGAAAAGUGUUUGAAACUGCAGCAGGCAAGCUCACCGUCUUUUCUGCCUCCCCCAGGAUCCACGCACAUUCUUACCCCACAGAAACUGCUGGACACGCUGAAGAAACUGAAUAAAACAGAUGAAGAAAUAAGCAGUUAAAAAAAUAAGCCACCCCUCCAAAAAGUGACCCCUCCUCCCACCGAGCACCUCGGCCCCUGCUGCUGACCGCCACGGUUACUUUGCUGGCCCUCUCCCCCCAACAGCUCCCCCGGCUCUGCACGCCCGGGCCGGCACUGUCGCCGCUGCAUUCUUGUGUUUAUUGAUGCCCUCUUCUCGUUUGACACAGAAGAAAAUAAUGCAUUGUGUUUUUUUAAAAGAGUAUCUUCUAUGUGUAUCCUAAGAGAAGGAGUUCAUGUGCGAGGGACACACUGCUGGAGAAGCUUUGGAACUGUCUCGAAUGAAUGGACACCUGCUCCCCGUUAGUUAGGAUCCCGUGACCUUGUACAUAACCCAGUGCGACAUGUGCAAAUUGCUUGAGUAUGGGAAGGUAGACGUCUGGGUAUUUUUAAAAACCUGUUUUGGGUUGUUCCUGUUCUUGUGGGAAUCAUAGAGAUGUUUGUCCUUGGAGUAUUUCAAGCGGAGGAUUAAUCUGUCGUCUCCACUCCAGUUCUUACCCCUCAGCGUCUGCUCUCAUCCCGAGAAGCUUGGCAGUGAAGAUCAGGUGACACCUCGUGAGGUUUGAGCUGGAACCAGCCUCUUUGCUUUCCUCAGUGGCUCAUUCCCCCGGGGCUGUGGGUGGGGGCGGGGGGUGUCCACGUGAAGUCAGGCUGGGUGCCCUGGCCCACGUCCACCGCACUGUGACCCUGAGGGAAGGCGUUCUGCAGUCUGAGUCCCAGACAAAUAAGGAGCAGGCAUCCCCCAGAGGCCCUCAUCUCCUGGAGAAGUAGUCAGGCCUGAUCCUUUUGGCUGGACGCCUUCCUGCCCCAGGCAUCACCCCCAACACCGCUCCCCUUUCUUAGUGGAGUCCGCCUGGGUAGAGCUCAGGGGUCAGGAAAGGACCAGGACAGAAUGGGCUCUGCAGGCUCCCGGUCAGAGGGCCCUUUGCAGGAGAGAGCGCCCGCGCCCCAGGACUUCCCACUGCCUGAGGGGAUGCGCCUUGGGUUUGUACAGACCCUGUGCCCACUCAGACUGUCCUCCGGUUAAGAUACUCCGUAAUACUUUAUUUUUUGUAGUGUGCGGUCAUAUGUCAUCAUGCUUGUAAGAGAAAAUGAUCCUUUUAUUCUCUGUAUAAAAACUUAGCUGUAUAAAACUUAGCUCUAAUGCAAAAAUCUCGGAAGCAAACGAAGGGAGGAUGGCUCGUCAUCCUCCGACUCAGCAGUCCUCUGUUCUCCGGUAGUGAGCGCACCGUUUGCUCUGCUGAGGGGUGUCAUGAAAUAUAAUGACAGUGGAAGUCACAAAAACGUCCCCCGCCCAGCCCCCCGCCUCCCUUCGACUCCUGCAGACCGUGUGUGUGUGUGUGUGUUCCUGUCUCGUGGUGUCGUUGCCGACAUGGUGUUCGCUAGUUCUCGCGGCCGCUUUCCUUUCAGAGUGCGUUCCUUGCCCGCACGUUAGGUGCAUCGUGCUGUUCUCUUCUCCAGGCUCUGAAGUCCCCCCUUUGCGCUCAGAUGAGUUUCCUGGUCUGGCUCCCGCUCCUCCUUAUGAUGCCUGAUUUCCUUAGGGCAGAACUGUAGGCACUGGCAUUGCUUUCUUUCUUACUGUUCCUGCUCGUCCUGUCCCCUCCCCUUGACCAAACAAUGCUCACGCUUCAGGACCUUGUUUGUCGAACAUGUUGGUUUUCCUUUCUCUGUUAUUUAUAUAAAAAUAAUUUAUCAAAAGGAUAUUUUAAAACUAGUCUGUCUUGAAACUUGUUUACCUUGAAAUGAUCAGAAUCUCAGUGUUGGAAAGUAUUGAAGCACAAACAUGUACCAUCUCUGUACCGUUCUGUACUAAAGCACUUGAGUCAAAUAAACGAAUAAAUCAGCGCCCACUCA